CACGAGCUGAAUCGACCUUCCUUUCUCCUCUGCAUUGGCGAACGGCUUGCGUAAAACAGCUAGCCGAUGCACUGAUCCUGCCUUGGCAUGAGGCCACCACAAAUUGGCUGUUGGUUGGUGGAAUGCUGUCGCCAGGGACUCGAAAUAUCACAAUGUGUGCGGCCCCCUCUCUCCCCGUCACCUUCCCGCCCCAAAGCCAUCACUUCUCGCGAACCAUAGAUGGGUUACUAGGAGAUCGGAGCGCACACGAUUCAUUAUCAGAAACGCCAACCGGAGAGAAUGGAUUCCACUUACGUCCCUCAGGGGACAACCACGCGUCUCACACCCGCCGACUUGGAUGCCUCGGACGAAUCUUCCCGGAAGAACAUAGAGCAAAAGGCCUUCUGCGAAUGGCCCAAUGAAGCCGGGUUUGACGGUCUGUCCGAACAUCGUGGCCCCAUCGAGCUUAAACUCAAGGGCACGAUCCCGACCUGGGCGGCCGGGUCGCUCUACCGGACUGGCCCUGGCCAAUCCAAGGUCGAAGACACCAAGUCGGGGACCUUCCACAUUUCGCACUGGUUCGACGGGCUCGCUCAUACUCACAAGUUCGAUAUCGUGGCCGAAACAGUCGCCAAUGAGCCAGUAGUCCGAGUGAAAUACUCCUCUCGCCGUCAAUCCGAUCAGCUCGCUGCAGAAAUCAAAGCCACUGGCACCUUGCGGGGUAUAACCUUUGCUCAGAAGUUGGAUCCUUGCGUCGGCAUCUUUGGGAAGUUUAUGAGUGUCUUCCGCAAACCGUACACUCCCCUCAAUGUCAGUGUGACGGUACAACGUAAUAUACCCUCAUCGAACUUGAAGACACCCACAAAGGCCACCGCCGACACGCAGGGCCACCGCGCCCCGGCCCUUGUUCUAGGUACAGACAACAGCAUGAUCUGUCAAAUUGAUAGCGAGACCAUGGAACCCAUUGGGUUUCCAAACCAAACGACCUUCCACCCGGAUCUCAAAGGUGGUCUUAGUGGCGCCCACGCACAAUUUGACCCGGAAACAGGCGACUAUUUCAACUACAACCUGGUCCUCGGCAAGGACGCCGUAUACCGCAUUUUCCGCGUUACCGCUGCCACCGGAAAGACCGACAUUCUUGCCGUCAUCCGGGCCAAGGGCGCCUGGAUCCAUAGCUUUUUCAUGACGCAAAACUACGUAGUCCUCUGUGUGCCCGUGUCACACUAUGCGCUGAACGGCGUGAAGCUUUUGAUGGAAGGUAACCUGCGGAACGGUUUCAACCCCUUCGACCCAUCCGAGACUUGCCGGUGGUAUGUGGUCGACCGUCGCAAUGGCAAGGGGUUGGUAGCCGAGUUCGCAUCGCCGGCUCGCUUCUUCUUCCAUACCGUCAACGCGUUUGAGGACGACAAGACUGGCGAUCUCUUGUGUGAAGUAGUGGACUAUCCAAACCGCUAUGUUAUUGACGGCUUCUACUACGACGUCGUCUUCAACCGGGAUGGCGCGGCCGACAAGUUCUGGGACGGCCAGCUCCAACACCUUUCAUUCCCACGUCUCUCGAGGUAUCGCCUACGGAAAGAGGACUUCGUCACCGGCCGAGGAGACGCCUCGCCGGCCCCACAGCUCGUCAUGGAGAUACCGUCCCCACACACUGGCGACUUGCCGACCAUCAACCCCAACUAUCAGUGCCGGAAACACCGCUACGCCUAUUUCGUCAUCUCCCGUAUCCGCAGCACCUUCUUUGAUGCUCUCGCCAAAGUCGACACCGAAACGGCCGAGGUCCUCCAGUGGGAGGGCCCGCACGGUCAUACCCCCGGAGAGGCCAUCUUCGUCCCGCGCCCGGCAACGGACGGGGAAGAGGAACCGAGUGAGGAUGACGGUGUGCUGCUCAGCGUUGUUCUUGAUGGCGCAAACAAGAUGAGCUACUUGUUGUGCUUGGAUGCGAAGACCAUGACCGAGCUGGGCAGAGCGGAGUGCGAAUUUGCUGUGGCUAUUGGACUUCACGGUUGUCACCUUCCUGCUGCCUGAGAUUGGUUACGGCGGGGAGCAUGACAUGGAGUGGGCUGGAAUUUCCUAUUGCUGGAUUUGAAGUUAGUGGGUUCUGCGGGUUCUGUAAAAGAAAUAUAAACUUCGCAAGCGCAUUCGGAAAGGAGGUCUGCUGGCGAAUGAAUACACAUGACUAGGUACCUAAUAAGGUAUAGGAAGGUACCUUAAACACUUCCUCCUCAAACUAUCCCUUUACGCCCUC